CGGGGCUUGACGUCCAACCGAUAAUCUCCGUCGUGGACGCGGGAGCUGCUUGGUCUCCUGCUUGGCUCCUUUCAUAUACAAACAGCCCGUCCUGCCAGAGAGAGUGCUGAGCCGGGUAUGUCGGAGGAAAGGAACGUUUCGGAGGAGUGUAGCACUGUUACCGCAGGUCACAUAUUGCCUCCAAUGGUUUAAGACUACCACCUGAUGGCUGACCCGGCCCCACAUUCUACAAACCCAUUUAAACAGCAUGACAAUUGGAUCAUCCUCUCUGGUGUUUUUUCCCUACUGUAAUCCAACUGGAUUUUGGUGCAUCAUCAUUCUGCUUAAUUCACAAGGUCAUUUAACAGCAUGCAACUUUAGUGGUCACAUGAGUGAAAUAUUUUAUCAUCGUGAUCAUCAGAUGACUUUCAGAUCAGUUAAACAAGAUGUCAUCUGUCACUGAAAAUGGAGUCAGGUCCUCUGGGAAUCCAGCCAGAGAAAAAACCUAUAAAAAGACAACAUCUUCAGCAUUGAAGGGUGCAAUUCAGCUGGGAAUUGGAUAUGCAGUUGGAAAUCUUACUUCUAAGCCAGAGAGGGAUGUUCUAAUGCAAGAUUUUUAUGUGGUGGAAAGUGUAUUUCUUCCAAGUGAAGGUAGCAAUCUGACUCCGGCCCACCACUACCCAGAUUUCAGGUUCAAAACCUAUGCUCCCUUGGCUUUUCGCUACUUCAGAGAACUCUUUGGGAUCAAGCCAGAUGAUUACUUGUAUUCUGUGUGUAAUGAGCCUCUAAUAGAGCUGUCUAAUCCAGGUGCCAGUGGUUCCUUAUUUUAUGUGACCAGUGAUGACGAGUUCAUUAUCAAGACAGUUCAACAUAAAGAGGCAGAAUUUCUUCAAAAGUUAUUACCUGGAUAUUACAUGAAUCUCAAUCAGAAUCCAAGGACACUCCUGCCAAAGUUUUAUGGCCUCUACUGUGUACAGUCAGGUGGAAUAAACAUUAGGAUUGUUGUAAUGAACAAUGUAUUGCCACGUUCAGUGAAGAUGCAUUAUAAGUACGAUUUGAAAGGCUCAACCUAUAAGCGCAGAGCGUCACGCAAGGAACGUGAAAAAUCAUGCCCUACCUUUAAAGACCUGGAUUUUUUACAAGAUAUGCAUGAAGGCUUGUAUUUUGAUGCAGAAACUCACAAUGCCUUAAUGAAAACAGUAGAGAGAGACUGUAGGGUGCUGGAAAGCUUUAAAAUCAUGGACUACAGUUUGCUAUUGGGCAUCCAUAUUUUAGACCAGAGUCCAAAGGACAGCCAUGGAGAAAAUUUACAAGUGACUAUGGAUGGGAAAAAACCAGGUCCACAGAAAGUUCUGUACUCGACAGCAAUGGAGUCAAUUCAAGGAAGUGGAAGGUCAGGGGACACUGUAACAACAGAUAGCACAAUGGGCGGCAUUCCAGCCAGAACACACAAAGAAGAAAGGUUGCUCAUAUUUUUAGGUAUAAUAGACAUCUUACAAUCCUACAGGUUCAUCAAGAAGCUGGAACACUCCUGGAAAGCACUAGUAUAUGAUGGUGACUCCGUGUCAGUACAUAGACCAAGUUUCUACUCGGACAGAUUCCUAAAGUUCAUGAGCACCCGCGUUUUCAAGAAGAUUCAGCCUAUUAGGAGUUCCCCCUCAAGAAGAGUCCGCAAUUCCAUCCCAGCACUGACUUCCUCCUCACAGGAAGUGCUGUCAUCCCAUACUGAGAACCGUGCAGAAGACAGAACAGAGAGACUUACUGGAACAAGAAGUCUUGCAAGCUUGGAUGGGAAAGUGUUUGGAUCACUGCAGCAGCCAGACCUGGUGCCAAAUGCUCCAUCUCUUUUUGAAGCAUCAUCCUUAGCUACUACUAUCUCAUCUACUUCACUGUACACAAAUGAACGCUACCUGAUGAAUGACACUGGAGAUGUUGAAUGCAGAGAUAUGAUAGCCUCAAGUUCCACAUUUACCCUGGAGGAUAGUGCCAUCUGCCUAACAUCAGAACAGAGCACGCUGGAAAAUGAUAAGGAUGAUGGUUCAGUGUAUGAUGUGUAUUUAUAAAGUAAGAUGUCUGUCAGACCUGACGAAGAUUAGAGUUUGGUGUCUACGAUGGACAAAUGAGCGCUCCAAGGUGAAAGCAAGCCCUUCUGCCAGCAGCCGUAGCUCUCAGUCUGUGACAUUCCUGGCUGUCUGCUGGCCAUUUGCUUCAAAGCUGCUAACUCUGUGCACUUAAAUCAACAACUGCUCUGUCAUGCUGGACUUUGAAGAGGCCGAAAGUGAGUGAAAUGCUCAACAGUUUCCACUUCCACUUGCUCACAUUUGCAUGUCUGAACGUUGUUUGGUAUGCAGUCCUGACCCAUUGAUGUCACUUGGCUUCCUGACAUUUAAGCAUGCCAAAUUACACAUGAGAGUUGGGAUCUUUGAAUCAACCGUUUUUACAAGUAUAUCAUUGACUGAUCAUUUUUUAAUGAUUAAGAUGUUCCUUUAUAUAAAACCAAGUCAAGUUGCCAAAAUUAGAAGUGUAUUUAUAUAAUAAUGAUGUUUACAAUGUUUCACACAUGCUGGAGAGCCAAGACUUCAAGGAAUUCCUGGAUGAAGAGGAUCUGCAAUGCUCAGAGGAGUUGAUAAUUUAACGCUCAGGCUAACUGCAAAAUCGCAGCAACCAAAAUGUUUGCCCUUCAUUUUCUUAGUGUCGCACUUAUCAUGAUGUGGAGUACCAUGCAGGACUUUGCCUGCUUCCCUUUUAUAACUUAUAUGGCAAUGGGAUCUUGUGAGUGGCCUCCUUUCAGUUCUUCUCUUUAUACAUUAUAUGGUUUAUAUUAUGGUACCACAAUACUGGCUUGCUCACAGGCACAGAAGUUUGUCCUUCUGGUAUCGGGUGCCUUCUCAACAGGGUUUGCUUGUAAUCUGUCAGCUUUAACCAUGGUAUGUCUUGAGAUUUCUCUUCCACACAAAAGAUGAACCGUCAUUAUAAAAUGUCAAGUGACUGUGCGAAAAUGGAUGUGCUGACUUGAAGGAAUGUAUAUACUGCAUCAAAGUAGUGAAAUGGCAGCGGAAAUUAAACAAACGAUAUCAGUGAAUACAGUAAUCCCUCCUCCAUCGCGGGGGUUGCGUUCCAGAACCACCCGCGAAAUAAGAAAAUCCGCGAAGUAGAAACCAUAUGUUUAUAUGGUUAUUUUUAUAUUGUCAUGCUUGGGUCACAGAUUUGCGCAGAAACACAGGAAGAUGUAGAGAGACAGGAAUGUUAUUCAAACACUGCAAACAAACAUUUGUCUCUUUUUCAAAAGUUUAAACUGUCUUGUCAUGGAGCACAGAUGACAGUUCCGUCUCACAAUUAAAAGAAUGCAAACAUAUCUUUCUCUUCAAAGGAGUGUGCGUCAGGAGCAGAGACUGUCAUAAAGACAGAGAAAGCAAACAAAUCAAUAGGGCUGUUUGGCUUAAGUAUGCGAAGCACCGCGGCACAAAGCUGUUGAAGGCGGCAGCUCACACCCCCUCCGUCAGGAGCAGAGAGAGAGAGAGACACAGAGAAAAACAAAGUCAAAAAUCAAUACGUGCCCUUCGAGCUUUUAAGUAUGCGAAGCACAGUGCAGCAUGUCGCUUCACUAAGCAGCUGCACAGAAGGUAGCAACGUGAAGAUAAUCUUUCAGCAUUUUUAGACGAGCAUCCGUAUCGUCUAGGUGUGCGAACAGCCCCCCUGCUCACACCCCCUACGUCAGGAUCAGAGAAAGUCAGCGCAAGAGACACAGAGAAAAGUAAGUUGGGUAGCUUCUCAGCCAUCUGCCAAUAGCGUCCCUUGUAUGAAAUCAACUGGGCAAACCACCUGAGGAAGCAUGUACCAGAAAUUAAAAGACCCAUUGUCCUCAGAAAUCUGCGAACCAGCAAAAAAUCUGCGAUAUAUAUUUAAAUAUGCUUACAUAUAAAAUCUGCGAUAGAGUGAAGCCGCGAAAGGCGAAGCGCGAUAUAGCGAGGGAUCACUGUACACACUAAAAGUCGAUUUGAUUCCCAGCCUUGACACUUUCUGUGUUAAGGUUGCACGUUCUUCCCUGUGUCUAGGUGGGUAUUCUUCAGGUUCUCCAAAAUACUCCCACAUCCUAAGGAUGUGCAUCUUAGGUGAACUGGCUUGCCGUGAAUGACACUGUGAUGGACUGUCACGUGAUGUAGCAAAUGUCUUGACUCCCACUCUUCUUUACUGAAAAAAAGGCCGCUUGAUAAAAUGGAUGCAACAAGGCCAGAAAUAUUAUUUUGGAGAAAUUGGGUGAGUAGGAUUGACAAGCUUAUUGGGCUUAAUGGUCUGUUCUCAUCAAAGUUAUGUUAAUGCUCUAAUGCUUUGACUGUGACUCUUAUUUAAAAUGUUGUGACUAAUUACUAGAUAAAGUAAUCUUCAAAGCACUCCAUGUAUUAAGUCACUAACAAUUAACAGAUUAAUUAGUGGAAAUCUCCUCAAUACCCACACCAGUUAUCUAAAAUUCUAACAUAAAUGAGGCCUCCCUGGCAUCAUUCCAGAGCAGGCAGCAAGAGAAAAAAACGUCCUGUAAUUUUACACCAUUUCUAAACUAAUGCUAUUUGGAUGCUGUGUAUUCACUUAUAUAUUUUGUAUACAUUGCUAAUAACAUGUACUCUAUUUUUGCCACUUUGAAUCUUUCUACUUUUCUGCUGUUUGCUGAUAGAAGAACAAGUUGGCACCAUGUCAGACGGGCGUGUACCAUUUGGCUUCACUGUGACGGUAAGCUGUGCAGCGUCAUAAUGUUUCAGCUCAUUUCAGUUGAAAUGGCUCUCCAGGCAAUGGGUGAGGCCACAUACGGCCAACACAGAACUCUUUGCCAAAGGCUGCCAGUGUGAAAUGAUUGUUUUAAGGUUACGCUGAGAACUGUUUCUAAAUCAGAACACCAAACUUCUUUCAGCUGUGAAAAGCUGCUGAUGUUCAUUCUGUAAAUACAAAGUAAUGUGCACAGAAUGCAUAUGACACGUCAUUCACAACAGGCAGAGAAGGAUGAAAAUGCACACUGAAUGUAUAUAGAACCUCCAAACCAUUUGUAAAUAAGUUGUUGUAAUUUAUUCUUCUCCGGAUACUUUGUGGUUUUUGAAUGUCUCCUGUACAAAAUGCUACUGGGACCGAAUCAUAGUGCUUGUGUCAUACAACUUGUGUAGCCUAUAAGUGUACUUCGACAUAAAUGAUUCUUAAGAGAGAGAUUCUAAUUUAUUAUUUAUGAAAAUAACUUUAUGUAGUUUGCUGAAAGUGAAAAUAUUUUAUUCUAUUCCUGAAAUAAAGAGGUGUAUUUUAGUGAAGACAAAAACAGAUGUAUGUAAUAUUAAAUGUUUUAUGCUGAAA